UAAGUAAGGAAGUGCCUGUGCUUCGCUCACAAACCAGCAUUCAAGCGGAGUCUAACGGAGACAGCAACGUUGUUUAGUCUACAGUAAAGCUGUACCUGAAAACAAAAAGUAGCAGGUACUGUUCCGUUCAUAGAAGCCAUUCGUUAUCGUCAUGGAAUCGCUGCAGAAAAUCUUUUAAGAAUACCAGGAACACUGUGUCACAGAAGAGCACAAAAAGAGCACCAUCUGCUUAAUUUCAUGUCCAGAACCGGCAAGAGUUGGAGGGGGGCUGAUUCUCCAACCUUGCCUGUCCUGUGCGUUUGAGCGAAACCUGUAUCAAUGUGCCUUUUGCACACGUCUGGAAUAUUUCAGAUUUAAACAUUUUAACCAUUUUGAGGCAAUUCAAAUUCUAGUAGACGACUAGUGCUGUAGUCUGGGUGAUGCUUUUUGUUUUUUAGUUGGUGAUGUUGGGAUGAUGGCGGAGGAGGUACAGGCUACCGAAGCACGAACGGGACUUUUACUUAAUCAAGCAGCUGCGGUACCGGUCGGGACAGAGAUAGUGGGGUUAAACAACAAUGACGCCGUGCUUCUUUCGUCGAGUACUCGAGCAUUUCUGGACGUUGCUGCAGCUGCGGCGGCCGUAGGUACCGCGCACCCCGUCGUCGGAGCCGAGGCGGUGUGCACCAAUGGAAGAUACAAAGAACACGGCAGUCCCAGGGCUGGCAGCAGAAGCCGGGAUAAUUCCAAUGAGAGGAGUCAGGGAGGCUUGAUCACACCUUGCAGCAUCAUGAAGGAUGGCUCCAAGCAGAAGCAAGUGCGGAAGAAGACGGUGUCGUUCAGCACCAUGCCGAACGACCGCACGAUCAACAGCACUGCGGCCUGCAUGGCCUUCAUGAUGGAGGGCUGCGAGAUGAAGAAGGUGCGCUCCAAUUCGCGCAUGUACAACCGCUACUUUGUGCUGGACUCGGACAUGCGCUGGCUGCGCUGGGAGCCCUCUAAGAAGGACUCCGAGAAGGCCAAACUGGAGAUCAAGAGCAUUAAGGAGGUACGGCUGGGAAAGAAGACCCCUGUGCUGCGUAGCAACGGCCUCUCUGACCAGUUUCCAGAGGAGUGUGCGUUCUCCAUCAUCUACGGGGACAACUAUGAGUCCCUGGACCUGGUGGCCAGUACAGCUGAUGUGGUCAACACAUGGGUGAUGGGCCUUCGCUACCUGGUCUCCUAUGGUAGGCAUACAGUGGGCAUUGUCGAACCCAGCCAGCCUAGCUUAAGGACCUCUUGGAUUGGUUCGGUGUUUGAGGUAGCCGAUUUGCAGAAAGAGGGACACAUCGACCUGUCCAUAGCCACCCAAAUCAUAAGGGGACUGAACCCUGGCAUGAAGGCAUCACGAAUAGAGCUGAAGUUCAAGGAACUUCAGAAAACAAAAGAUCAGUGCAGGGAGGAGAUAACCAUUGACACGUUCACCGAAGCCUACAGUGAGCUGUGCACACGCCCAGAGAUCUUUUUUCUUUUAGUGCAGUUCUCCAGCAAUAAGGAGUACCUGGACUGCAAAGACCUGAUGCUCUUUGUGGAGGUGGAGCAAGGAAUGGAAGGGGUGACGGAGGAUAUGUGCAUGGAGAUUGUCCGUAAGUUCGAGCCAUCCUCGGAGGGCAAGGAACGGGGAUACCUAUCUAUUGAUGGCUUUACGCACUACCUCCUCUCAUCCAAGUGCCACAUCUUCGACCCUCAGCACAAACGAGUCUGCCAGGACAUGACGCAGCCUCUCUCCCACUAUUAUAUCAACUCUUCGCACAAUGCAUCCCUCCUGGAGGACCACUUCUGGGGCUCCUCAGAUAUCAAUGGCUACAUUAGGGCACUGAAGAUGGGCUGCCGGAGCCUUGAGGUGGUGGUCUGGGAUGGCCCGGACAAUGAGCCCCACAUCUACGUGGGAAGCUCCAUCGCCUCUCAGGUGGCCUUCUGCAAGGUCCUGGAUGUCAUCAAUCAGUAUGCUUUUGAGAACUCGGAGUAUCCCCUCAUCCUCUGCCUGGUAACUCACUGCUGCAUUCUACAGCAGAAGGUCAUGGCACAGCACCUGAAGAAGAUCCUUGGGGACAAACUGUUUGUGGACUUCCCUAACUCUGAAGAACAUUACCUACCUUGCCCUGAGAAGCUGAAAGGAAAGGUCCUUCUGAAAGGUAAGCGGUUGCCCUAUAACUGCCCUGAUUCUGAAGGAGAUGUUACUGAUGAAGAUGAGGGCAUGGAGAUGGCGAGGAGGGUAGGGGCAGAGGAGAACGACCAGCUUAACGGGAUCGGAUCCAGGCGGCUGAGGUUGUGCAAAGAGCUCUCCGAUCUGGUCUCCCUCUGCAGGUCAGUGCAGUUCAAAGACUUUGAGUCGUCAAAGAGAUACCAGAAUUACUCUGAAAUGUGCUCUUUCAAUGAGGUUGAUGCUAACAGAUUUGCCAAUGAAUACCCAGAGGACUUUGUGUGCUACAACAAGAGGUUCCUUUCUAGGGUCUUCCCCAGCCCCAUGCGUAUUGAUGCCAGCAACAUGAAUCCUCAGGACUUUUGGAAGUGCGGAUGUCAGAUUGUAGCUAUGAAUUUCCAGACACCUGGUCUGAUGAUGGACCUCAACUUAGGAUGGUUCCGGCAGAAUGGAAACUGUGGUUAUGUUCUCCGGCCUGCCAUCAUGAGAGAGGAGGUGUCGUAUUUCAGUGCCAAUGCCCGGGACUCCUUGCCGGGUGUUUCCGCCCAGCUACUGCACAUUAAGCUUAUUAGUGGGCAGAACUUGCCCAAGCCAAAGGGGUCAGCUGCCAAGGGGGAUGUAGUGGAACCCUACAUAUAUGUGGAGAUCCAUGGAAUCCCUGCUGACUGUGCUGAGCAAAGGACUAAGACUGUAUCCCAGAAUGGGGACAACCCGAUAUUUGAUGAGAGCUUUGAGUUCCAGAUCAACCUUCCCGAGCUAGCAGUGCUGCGCUUCGUGGUACUGGAUGAUGACUACAUCGGGGAUGAGUUCAUUGGCCAGUACACCAUCCCCUUUGAGUGUCUACAGCCUGGAUACCGCCAUGUUCCCUUGCAGUCUUUAACUGGAGAGUUUCUGCUGAACACCACUCUCUUUGUGCACAUCGCCAUCACCAACCGGCGAGGUGGGGGCAAAUGUCAGAAACGAGGACUUUCAGUAAGGAAGGGCAGGAAGGCCCGCGAGUACACAUCCACAAAAACUACUGGGAUCAAGGCGGUAGACGAGCUCUUCAGGGCAUCCACUCAACCCCUGCGAGAAGCCACGGACCUCAGAGAAAACGUGCAGAAUGCUUUGGUGUCCUUCAAGGAGCUGUGUGGCUUGACCCCCGCCGCCAACAUGAAGCAGUGCAUCCUGACCGUGUCCACCUGGCUCCUGAACAGCGAGCGGGCUCUCCAAGUCACCGUCAAUCUCAGUGAGGCCUACCCCACCAUGGAGGCCCAAGGCCCCGUUCCUGAGCUACUGCGCAAGGUCCUCACUGCCUACGACACGAUGAUCCAGACAAGCCGCACGCUGAUCGACUCUGCCGAUGCCGUCUACGCCAAGAUCAUGCAAGCACAACGAGCAGGGUUGGACUUCCAUGUGGAUCUCCACAGGAUCGGAGCGAAGGAGGGGCUCAAAGGCCGGAAAUUGCAGAAGGCCACAGAGAGCUACGCUUGGAAUAUCACCGUUCUGAAGGGCCAGGGGGACCUCCUCAAGCACGCCAAGAACGAGGCGCUGGACACCCUGCGUCAGAUCCACUACGCCGCCCAGUCCUCCGGCCUCAGCAAGAACGGGGCCGCGUCCUCCUCCCCUGAGCUCAUCCGCGGCCGGGCCGGGCUGGACCCCAUCACCGAGACCGAGACGGGCAGCGACACCGGAUCCUGCUGAACCCCAAACCCCCACCGGAACCAGCGGACCUCCAGCCAGAGAGCGGGGGAAGGGCUGGGGAGGGAGGGAGGAGCGGCGUUGUUUGGAGACGGUGCUGGACUUGGAAGAGAAAGAGAAUGUGGUAGGCAUAGGAGGUAAGGGCAGAGGAGAAGUGAAAGAUAAAGGGAAAAAGAGCGAAGGCCGAAAUUGCAGUCGCUGAAACCGGCUAAUAGUACUUUGAAUUACUCUUUUUUUAUUUUUAGAGUGAAGGAGAGAGAGAUUGAAACACACUGUAAGGCGUUUCAUUGCUCACCAGUGACCCCCUCUGGUGAAUCAGGGAAAUUGCAUUCUGCUGACUCAAGUAGCAGAUGAAGUGUCUUCCUCUGACACAAACAAGAUCAGCUUAAAAGCAGCGGUGGUUUCACGUGACACACGUUGGAGUCGAGCACAUGCCCUGUCUCUGCUCACCCAAAUGGUGGAGGCUACAACAAUGAACAUAGCUGGUGAACAUUACUGGUUAUUCCACAUUGGGAGAAAAGAUUUGAAUGGCGUAAAAACGAGGCAGGAGGAAAUUGAAUUGUAUGUGUAACGGGAGUCUCCACUGGAUGUGAGAGAAUAAUAUCUCCAGCUUCCUCUGUUUGGCCCUUACCCAUAUCUCUCUCUGGGUCCACACUUACUGCUCGUGCUCUGGACCAAAAACAGCACACUCGCACACACUGGUCUGGGAGGACCUGACAAACAAACGCAGUGGAUUUGGCAUUACAGACUGCAGAGUUCCCUGAAAGGGUUACCCUGGGACUAUGGACAUUUCCCUAUCUCUUUCUCUUUCUGUUUUAAAAGUCCCUGUCUGUCUCCUGUGUCGGCCUUGUGCUGUCCUCAAAACCCCAUUGUGUGAGAUAACCUGGAGGCUAGACUGGAUGCUGACAGGAUGCACGUUUGCCUCCCAAGUGGGGAGAAAGUAUGCUUUGCGCGCAGCUGACCUAUGAACCCGGAAGGAGAAACAACAGGCUCCGAGUGCUUCAUAAGGCCCCUGUACCCCCCUUCCUAUCACCCGCUUCUCAGUCAACAAAGCAUCUGGGGCUUGCCCCCCUCUUCAUUAUUUUUUUUGCCAUGUAAGGUAUUCCUCUGUGGGAGCUCAGCGCUCCUUCUGCACAGGCUCUGACAGGCAAAGACUGGAGUGUGUGGCAACGUCUGCCGCCAGCUGGGUUUUAACUGGAAAACCUGGUUCACUUGGACAGGUGCCAUCUUGUUCAAUGUCAAUGAAAGAGCCCGAAGUCCAGACUGUGGGAGAAUUCUGCUGUCAGAAGACAACUGACUAGAAGGAACAGGAGCAAAGGCCACUGAAUAUCAGAACUGUGAACAACCAUUUCCGACAACAGACUUUCCCCAGAGACCAUCCCUGAUUAGUAUUCUUACUGUUACUAUUAGUGCUGAUAUUCAUAUUGUUUUGUAUUUGAUCUGACACCUGGUGACGGCUCUGUCGAGACAAUGGUUUGGAAGGAGUACGAGAUUGGAACCGUGUUAGCCAACUGAAGCUCAAAGUCAUGAAUAAAUCACCUGAUGUCAACUUUUCUGCGCAGUGACUGUGAAUAUCGUACUGUACAACAUUCUCCAGACCGUGGCCGAUUAAAACUGGCUUACUUGUCUUGUGGCCUCAUUUCCAUUUAAUGUAUUUUUCAUAUUGCCUUUUUUCUCCCAGACAAGUGAUGUGAAGAUUUCAGAAAGCAGAUUUCCUUAUAUAGGAAAUAGCUAUAUUUUUAAACUGGAAAUCAUUUCAUUUCACAUAAUACUGGCAAUGGAUAUAAAAUAAUGAAGCAGAUAUUUACUUUUAUUUCACAAAAUCUCUCUGUUGUAUUGCUUGUUCUAUCAAGUGAAAUGUGCCCUUAUGUGACUGAUGAAUUUAGAGGUUUCAGUUGGCUGAUUUUAGUGGCCUCUAAACCAAGAGAGGCAUACUUUUCCAAUUUUCCACAAGCUGAUUAUGUUGCUCUUAUGGUGAUACUGUAAUACUGCCAGCACUGUCAGAAUCACAAGUAGGUUUACUACAGUAGAAGCAAUACAAACUUCUGUGUCCUGCUGCAGCCUGUUGAUUUAGCUUUACAUCAGCCAACAUUUUGUGACUCAGUAACAUAAAUCAGCUUAGUCUAAAGACUGAGUUAAGAAGUAUAUAAUGACCUGUUUACUGCUUAUAGUUUAAUGGGGAGAAAUAGUUUAAAGUGUCAAACAAAAAAAUAUAAUAUUUGAUCAAUGGCAUUUUUUUAGCCAUACCGAUUCAAUUCAAUGUGUUCGCAUUCUUAAAUUGUCCUUCGACAAUGGUCUCCAGAAUUAUUGGCAGCCUUGAUAAAUAUGCACAAAAAAUAUGUAUUAUUGUAAUAAUAAUAAUAAAUAUUAUUUAUAUACA